GUUGACAGAAGUGGGAGAGAGAGAGAGAUAGGGAGUCCAAAGCCUCCGGGUCCCGUCAUCCCGUUUUACUGCUUAACCCACCCUGGAGUGUCAGAACCCAUCUCUCGCUGCCUGCUCAGUGUUUUUGGUACAGUGGGACCAGUCGCUCCUUAAUGCGGUCGUCAGCCAGCUAGCUGAGUGGAACCGGGGGUCUCGGGUGGACCAGCGGGGUUUUCUGCGGCUUGGGGUGACUUUCUAACACCAUCACUAGUGUCUUUUGACAGUACAACGCCCGCGGUGGGGCUCGGAGAGGAGGAGCCUCUGAUUGCUCUCGGCGGCUGCUUCUUUUUCCUCCUGGUGAUCUGGAUUUGUUUCCUUGGGCCCCUCCCCUCGCUCCCUUCUUUCUCACUCCCGCCUUGAGCGAAGAAGAAGCGACAGACACACACACACACACACACACACACACACACACACACACACACACACACACACACGCAGGAGUCGGAGCCUGGAACUCGCACCUCCGCGCACUCGUGCCUGCUGGGGGGCGCGGGGAGGGGGGUGCAGCAGAGGGUUCCCUUCCCGGGAGCCCACGAUGCCUUAGCGCGGCCGCGGGUGGACCGCGAGGAGCUCCGGCCGCCUGCGCUGGGAGGCGGGGGCGCGGGGCUGCCGCUGGCCAGGAGUUGCUGCUAAGUGGACUGGGAGUCGACGGGCGGCGGCGCCCAGGUGUCGGAGGAGAGGGGCACCGGCGGGGACCUGGGUGCGAGCUGCGGGAACGCGGACGCCUCGCCGGAGGGGACGGCGGCGGCGGCGGCGGCGGCUGAGCGCAGAGCAGAGCAGAGCAGAGCUGAGCCGAGCCGGCGAGCCUGCUCAGAACCGGGUCCACACCGGAGCCUGAGCGAUCCAGGGAGAGCCGGGCCACUCGAGGAGUUUUGCACCGCGGAGGCUGCUCUUGCUGAAGGUGAAUCAUCGCGUCCAAUUGCCUUUCCCCAGAGAGAACCCGGGGGAGGGCGGGCGAGGGGGGGGAGGGUGGGGGGACGUGUGAGCGCGCGCGUGUGUGUGAAAAGGAGAGACGACGCGGGGCGAGAGGAGGGGAAGGAAAAAAAAAAAAGAAAGUCUUUCGCUCGCCGCUGAAAGCAAACAAACCGGGAGAUGGAAUAAGAGCGGCGAUCGCUGGCUGGAGCCCGCCUGGAUCUUCUUCGCAGCACUCGCCGGAGCGGAGCGCACCGGGCGCAUCGCCGCCGAGGAACGCCGCCGGGCGACCGCGGGGCGCCGCCGGGGGGCCGCGGAGACUUUGGCUUCUCCCUUCCCGCCCCUCCUGGGUCAACAAACCUUUUGAUUACUUUGACACUGUGGGGUAAAGAAGAGAGACCAGAGACCGGCCUCGCGCGCUUGCACCUCUCACUUGCUUCGGGGAGGGGAACACCCCCCCACCCCCAGCUUGUAUGUGAAAGAUACUGCGGAGACCCCCCCUUUUUUUUAAGCCUUCGGAGGAGGCGGCACCCACGCGCGCACCCGGGGUCACGCUCGCUCGCACACACCGGCCGGACUUCAGGUCCCUAUGCCCCUGGAUGGUGCCCGCGGACCGGCAUCUCCGAAGCGAUGCAUGAGCGGUAAGGCUGGCGUCGGCCCGCGGAAGCUACAGGACCAUCGCUAGGUGCUGCCGCCACCGGGACGCCCGGCUGCAGGUGAUUCCAGAUUCUUCUCUGUGGUCUCUUGUUUAAAGAAGCAUUGCACAAAUGCAUAAAGAAAGAUGAUGAGUAAGAGAUACUUACAGAAGGCAACAAAGGGAAAGCUGCUGAUAAUAAUUUUUAUAGUGACCUUGUGGGGGAAAGCUGUUUCCAGUGCAAACCAUCACAAAGCUCACCAUGUUAAAACGGGAACUUGCGAGGUGGUGGCCCUGCACAGAUGCUGUAAUAAGAACAAGAUAGAAGAACGGUCCCAAACGGUCAAGUGCUCCUGCUUCCCUGGGCAGGUGGCAGGCACUACGCGAGCUGCUCCCUCUUGUGUGGAUGCAUCCAUAGUGGAACAGAAAUGGUGGUGUCAUAUGCAGCCGUGUCUAGAGGGAGAGGAGUGUAAAGUUCUUCCCGAUCGGAAAGGAUGGAGCUGUUCCUCGGGAAAUAAAGUGAAAACAACUAGGGCAAACGUGUAAAACUCUUCAAGUUGGAAUGGAGAAGUAGAAAGAGAAGCUUUCUGCUGUGCCUGAUGACAGUUUUUGAUUUUCCACAUUCAAAAUUAUUCUGGCUCCAUGCUGGAGCAGUAGUUAUGGCGAUUCCUAGUGUUGGUCGGAUUCUGAGGAAGGGCCAGAAGUUUCCUUGAGAAGUAAAGAUUCAAAACAACUCCAGAAAUGAGCGCCUAUCUCCGUUCAUUUCUCACAGAGCAGCAGGUAACCCAUUAACCACACAUAAAUCAAGCAAUCCUCAAGGCUGGGUUCAUGGAGACACAUGCAUAGAAACUUGACUCCUGUGGCGAUCUUGAAGAUUUUUAUACCUCUUAGUAGAGGGGCUUUUAAGCCUGUUUCCAAGGGAUUACAUGACUUGUUAUCAGCUUCCUAUUGAAACCAAGACUUUGCAAAAGUCUGAUGUGAACUUCCUGUCCUGAAGACUUCAUCAGCUGUGAACUGCUCCUGGCUUGUUGCACUUCUGAGGGAAGCAGACAGUGCUCUCCAUGAAGCUGGUGCAGAGUUGGUGUUCUGGGGGUGACACCAGAGACUGCCAUCUGUAGGGUUCCUGGCUUCAGCUGUGACUGUUCUUAUUUCUGAAGCUGUCUCCCAAGUCCACUGUCCUGUCAUGGAUAUGUUCCUGGGUCCUGUGUUCACUGUCGAGUAGGACUGUAUACAGCUUUGAUGACGUUUCCUUUGCGAACUCCUCUGGCAUGGCGUAGACUGAGACAAUUUUAUUGGUAUUCUAAUCUUGAAACUCUGAAAGCCUACAUUUUUUAACAUCUUACACUUGCCUUGGUGAAAGGAAUGGAAGCAUUUCUCCAUUGAUAAUGGUAAUCAUUGGCAAGUCACCAUGAUCUGAAUACAUCAAUCAUAUAAGAAUGUAUAGACAUGCUGACAUGUUUCCCCAAGGCUAACCCAUGACUGCCGCUUUCUGUCAGUUAAACUGAUAGCAGUCAGGAUUGGAUUCCCAUUCCCACUGCACAGUACUCUGUACCUCCAGCACACUUUCCCAUCUAGUUCUUCAUCAUCUUUUUUUUUUUUUAAGUGUGCGUUCUUAUUAAUGUUUCCCUUUUCUUUCCUUUACAGAAAUCAUUAGUGUGUAGUCAAGUUAGUAGGUAGCCUUCCAUUAAAAAAAAAUGCCAGGGAUGCAUGUGCUUUUCUGACUUUUCAUCACUUAUUUUUAUUAUAGCAUUUUCUUAAACUAUCCUUUCUGUCUCAUUUUAACAUUGUCUCUUGCUCGAUUCCAAUGACUGCUUGAAUGCUUAUAUAUUUGUUCAGUCUGUGAGUAGAAAAAAUUGUUCACUUUCCUUGAUCUCAAAGGUCUAAAAUAUUUGCUUACUGUUUUUUUCCAUUCAAAUAAUUUCUUAGGCCAGGUUUUUUUUGUCCAUAUCUUCUUAGCCAUCUAAAACUUGUGAUUUUUAGUUAUUCAGGAGCGUCUUACAAAUAUUUAAAGGCCUUAAACAUUGAUUUACUUUUUUUUCUAAGUUGUUACAGAAUGUAUAAUUUUAUACUGCAUUUAUUUUGUUUCACUUGUGAUAUAGAAAGAGAAAGUAGUGGGUACUACCAUGUAAUAAUAAUACCAUGUAAACCUGUAGUUUGAAGAAAUGUAAAGGCAAGGAUUUUUCCAUAUCUUAAUUACUUCAGCUUGAUCAAAAGAUGCUUCACAGAUUAUCCUAUUAGAUGGUCCAUCAUUUUGGUAGAAGAGUGAAGGUAUUUUGAACUUCUUGUACUUCUAAAAUUCACUGACAAGACCAGUUAACCUUACUUUGGUUUCUAGGAUGGAGGCUCACAUGUUCUAGAGAAUUUGUGUGUUAGUCUGUAACAAUAUUGAAAGAUUCAUUAACCAUACCCUUUAUUGGGAAGAACAACUAAAAGUGUAAAAUCUGUUAAAAAUUAAAUUGGAAACCUAUACUUUUAAAUACUGAGCUGAAGUCAACUGCCUCAUGAAUAUGUGGAAUGAAAUGAUUCCUGCCUCCCUUUUAAUUGAGCAUAAAACUGAUUGAGUGGUUCCAAGUGGGUUGUGCAAUGGGUCAAGACUACACAGAGUCAAAAUGAAAGGAAUAACAGUUGUGCUGGAUUUUCUAUGUCAAACAAAAUAUCAUUAAUUUCUUUGGAAUAAAAUGAAAAACUAUAUCAUUUUGGACAUUAUGAAUUUAUCCUGGGUUUGUUUGAAACUAUGGAUCAUGCUUCUCGUUUUGAAAACUUUGUCAUUUAAAACAGCGCUGGAAAUUCUGUAUUAUAUAAAAGUGUAAUACAUGCGUAUCAAUAGAAAAAUAAAUGGAAUUUCAAAUAUAUGAACUAGAUUAUUCCCAGUAGAUUAAUGUUGUGACUAUUCAGAAAAAGUGAAUAAAAUUGGAAUAUAAAAUUGACUCACUUUCACAAGUACAGUUUGGAGAAUCUGGUUUCUUGUAUUCUAUUUUAAAAGUACCUUAGUAACCAAUACAAUUCCAAAUUUAGAAAUAAACUGACAAAUUCUUCAA